AUGAGACUCGCCCACCUCCACCUCCCUCACACUACGCCCUUUGCGCGCGUCUCCGAACUCCAACAAGCUCUUACGAGCCGAUUCCUCACGCAUAAAAAGCUCUCAGGCUCAAUAUCUUCUCAAACAGAGCCUAUAAUCCCUGGGAAUGCACCACCACCAGACCCUACUAUUAUCACCUUUAGCCCCAAUCCAGUCUACACCACCGGUCGCCGCGACCUCCCACCCUCCAAUACCUGCUCCCUUUCUGCAUCCAACCUCUCCCUGCCUCCACCGCUAGAACCGAUUCGCGGUUUACUUACACCCUCUGGUUCAAGCAAUGUUCCAAAAGCUGAAUACCACCCAACUCUCCGUGGUGGCCAAACGACAUACCAUGGCCCUGGGCAGAUGGUCGCAUACACAAUUCUUGAUCUCCGACGCCUAGGCCUAACACCUCGGUGCCAUAUUCGCGUUCUUGAGAACAGUGUUAUCGAUGUAUUGAAGCAAUACGGUGUCAAAGGUUUCACCACUGCAGACCCAGGAGUCUGGGUCCAGGAUGGACCAGCCGCAAAGAAGAUCACAGCUGUUGGAGUUCACUUGCGACGCAAUAUUAGUAGCUUUGGAGUUGGGCUUAAUGUCACCAAUGAACCAAUGUGGUUCUUAAAACAAAUUGUUGCCUGUGGACUGGAGGGCAAGGAAGCGACUAGCUUGGAGGGAGUUGGGGUUCCAGGUCUCACUGUUGAUGAAGUCGCUAAUAGCUUUGUGGAGCGAUUCGUGGAACGGUUGAAUCGUGAUUUUGCGCCGGAGAAGAUUAAGGAGGUUUAUCCUGUGCAAGAGGAAGAUCUUUUGCGUGGAUAG